GGAAAUGAUAUCAUCUUCUCUCCGAUUCCGUCAACAGCCAAUGUGGGGUUUUUCUUAUCUGCCGAUGAAACGUCAUGUCUCGAAAACUAUUCUUUACAACUUUCACAACCACAGCUCCCAGCACUUCCACAUCCAUUGAAUAUACAAUGCCACCCAAUCUAUCAAUAACAGACCACCUCCCCCUUCCCGAAUCAACUGUCCAAAUCCCCCGUCUUGGUUUUGGCGUGUACCGCGCGCACGCCGAAGAAUGCAUCCAAUCCACGCUCACAGCCCUCAAGACGGGAUACCGCCACAUCGACACCGCGCAAUUCUACGGCAACGAAAAGGAAGUCGGGGAAGCGUUUCGACGGUCGGGCCUGAGAAGGGAAGAUGUUUUCAUAACCACCAAGAUCAUGAGUCCGGGCGGAUCACCGCAGGCGACGUAUGAGAAGAUUAUUGAGAGUGUGGAGAAGAUCAAUGCUGGGGAUAAAGAUGGGUAUGUGGAUUUAUUUUUGAUUCAUAGUUCCAAGUCCGGACUGGCGGGGAGGAAGGAAUUGUGGCAGGCGUUGGAAAGGGUAUUGGAGGAAGGGAGGACGAGAAGUAUUGGUGUGAGUAAUUAUGGGGUUGGGCAUAUUGAGGAGAUGAAGAGUUAUGCCAAGGUCUGGCCGCCGCAUGUUAAUCAGAUUGAGCUUCAUCCAUGGUGUCAACAGCGGCAGACGGUCCGAUACUGUCAAGAACACGGCAUCGUUAUCGAGGCCUAUUGUCCCCUUGUCCGCGGCAACAAAUCCAAUGAUCCGACGCUGGUAUCCUUGGCUCAGAAAUACGGCAAGACCACUGCCCAGGUUUUGGUUCGAUACAGUCUACAGAAGAAUUGGGUUCCGUUACCAAAGAGUUCGAAUCCGGAACGAAUCGCUAGUAAUGCCGAUGUAUAUGACUUUGAGAUUAGUCAGGAGGAUAUGGAUGUUUUGGACGGGCUGGAUCAGGGAGCCGCUGGUGCUGUGGUUGAAUCGGUGGAUGAGUAGAUCUAAGACAUCCUGCCGUUUUAGUCCAUGAAAGAAACUUAUCCUCAAUAUUGGAAUGUUCAGUCAGGUGUAUCAGUCUGGUCUCUGCAAGAGAAACGCAUUGACCGAUUGGAGUGUCGCCCGUGAAGGAUUAGCGUCCGGGUUUGACGUUACAAUCCAUGUCAGCCGUUGGCGGAUAUAUUGUUUGUCGAUAUAAGUGUCUGCCUGCGGCCCAGUGCAGUUACCUGAGACGCGGUUAGUACAUGGAAAGCGGGUUCAAGCUGGAAGGACUUGCAUACCUUCGUCAUCAUACAACAGACAAAUAAUAGCCAAAAGAGUCCCAACAGAAAGGUCUUUUCCCGUUUUGCAAGUGACUAGUAGAGAUUGUGAAGGAUUACUUGUAAGAUGUUUCUCCGCAAACACUUUUACCUUUUCCAGGGCAGUGCGUAAAUCUCGACUGCCCAGUUUAUGGGAACCACAGCCGAGAUUCAGCCUCUUUGAAGAGGACAAGCCAGGUUUGUCGUUGCAGGCAAUGACAAGGUCAUAUUCCUCUCCCUGUAUGUCGGAAUUCGGUCGAGACUGUGAGAUGUACAGAUUCGACGAAGGGCGGAUUAAAAUACCCUGUUUCUUGUUCUGACCGGCCCCACUGCCGCUGUUGUCGUCGGUCCUUGAAAUCAAAUCAUGAAUAACAUGCGGUAAUUGACUCUCGUCGGUUUUAAAAAGAAGAUCUUUGUUUGCCCAAAAAACUGGCGCUGUCAAACCAUGAGACCACUUCUCGCUGUCGUCGCCUGCACCUUGAAUAUAGCCUCCUUCAGAUGCCUCAGCGCCAUGCACUCUUCUCGAGGCCGAGCAAAGGACAAACAGAUUAUAGCCCUCUCCUUUCUGCAGCGUGGUCGGGUAAAAAUAGGUCUGAUUCGCCCAGGCGAGUCUAAUCGGAUAGCCUAGAUCUUUUCUCAACUUGUCCAAAUCAAGCUUCAAUUCCUAUCACGAU